AUGUAUUUCAACAUCAAACCAAGCGACAGACUCGUUGAAUGGUAUGCUUCGGCGCAAAGACUGUACCGGACUUUGACGGGUGCCGUGGCCCCAGAUAUUGACAAUUUGUCGGGUAUGAACCUGGAGAUAUCAUCAAAUUCCCGAUCCAUUCCUCCAAAGCCAGAAGUGCUCGAUUUCUCGGAUCCGACGCACAUCUUCCUCAUUGCCAUGGGGCAGAAUAACAUUGAAGAAGGCAGAUUUGCCGUCCACAGGCAGGUCGCUUGCUACUAUCUUGAAGUAGUGAGAGUAGGUCUUUACAGUAAGGUAAAGACCGGAGCAUCCAGCACGCCUCCUCCUGGUGGAGAAGGUGUCUUUGAGCUACCUUGCAGUAAAGAUGGUGUGGCACUGCUUUUGCAGUGGCUGUACUUCAACCACCUGAGACCGCUCCCCAUAGACAUCACAGAUGAGCAGCUUCUUGCCCACUCAAAGGCUUUGAUAAACCUUUGGGCGGUUGCCGACUUUCUCAUACUGCCGCAACUCAAAGACAUUGCAAUAGACCGGCUCGAUAUGUGUACCCGCAUGACGCCCAUUAUGUUUGACUUGUUCAAACAGGAGUGGCAGACCAUAUGGGCAGUCAGCCAUGAUUACAAUCGUAGCACUCAAGUGCUAAAACAUUUUUUCAUGGAUUGGUUCAUCACUUCUCUGAGUGAGGAAGAGAUCGAGAAUUUCGAUGAGGAGACUGGCGGGGCCAUCACUCUCGACAUUGCCCUUGCGGCAAACCGGAGGUUGAGGAACAAACCUCGACCUCUCGUAGAUCACUACCAUGUAGUGAUCGAGAUGGAGGAUAAUGGGGAGGGGGGGACGGUGCCGGCGGGUGUGGUGGCACCAUAA